UGGUAAAUAAUGAGAAGUCAUGAAGAGUUAUAAUAUGCAGCGUCAGAAAUUGAGGAAUAUGCUGCAAUGUAAACCAGUCCUAUAUCUUGCUUUCAGUUCCAUUUUGAUUAGUUCUUUCUUCAUUUAUUCUUGUGAUGAACAUCCACCGGCAAUUGGAAAGUUGGUUUUAUUAGGGUAUUGGUUUAGCUAGAUUCAUAAAUGCUUCUUCAGAGAACAUUAAAAAAGUCAGCAUUUUGAGAGCUUCUCCAAUCUCCAUAUUGUUUUAAAACAGACCCCUCACCAUUGGUCAAAUGCAAGGCAAAUUUCAAAUGGUAGUCGUUAGGCAUACAGGCCAUGCUAUCCAGGAAGACGUUCCUGAUGAACUUGCUACAUUGGUACUCAAUUUUAUAUCCCGUAACCGAAUUGGCCCUCAUGGAGUUGAGAUUCCUGGCCUUCACCGACCUAUGCAGCCACAAUCUUGAAGGAUUGACAGACAAAUAAUUGUUGCUCGUUUUUAUCUGUUUUUCCCAGUGUUUUUGUGGAUUUGUAUUGAAUCUUGUUUUCAAGUUUUAUUUUUAGGCCAGUCUAGUUGAAUUUUGAAUCUAUUUCCAGUUAUAACACUAAUAUUCCAAAAGGAAACAUCAGGAGUAAGAAAAGAAGCCACUCAAGGCAUUAAAUGGAAGG